GUAUUCAGCUCUCUCCGGUCAAGGUUCCCUGGGGGUCAUUGCCUGCUCCUUCCUUAGAUUGCCUAGCGCCUUAUUCUUCUAUUUCUCUCUUUUCAACUGUGAAUGUUUCUCAACUGUUUAUACCCCACAUCACAAUUCAAUUUGCGUUUGCGCAUUACCAGAGAAUUAUUCACUAUUGGUUGCAUCUACCCGUGUGGUGUUUGUCUUGUUCCUGGGAACAGAGUCUUAAUGGCUGCUGGACCUACUUAACCACAAGUAUUAAGAUUCCCCUCAAUCAAAAUCUCCUUCCGCUGUUGUCUUGGUGAUGUGGAGAUUUUAUAUCCGUCUCCCCAGCUCACUUCCCUUUCCUUUCACACCCUUCUUUUGCUCACUUGCCACCCCAACUGCUCUCUUUUUCUAGUAGGAAUAAUCUUCUCUUCUGCUUUACUUCGUUCCACCCUGUAGUGUUUAUCUCGCGUCUCUUUUCAAGCUACAUCUCUCUUCGUGAUUACAACUGCCUCCUUUGAUGUGCGGGAGUUGCUUCUAGAGCGCCACAAGGAUGGUGUCAAAACAGCGCAUAUCAUUCGCAUCCAUUUGGGCGUUCGAGGACAUAGGGGUGCAAGAUAUUAGUCUGGAAAUGAAGAAAGCACUACCUCACCUGGAUUGCCAUUGCGAAUACCUCAGACAUGACGACCUUCUUGUGGUGAAAGGACAUUUGGACGGCUCUGCAAUGAAGAUCGCGGUUCUUGUUUCAGCCUUUAUUGAAGACCAGAAGAAUAAAGAUCUUCUUGAUAUGCCACGAACUCGUCAACUGGACAUUCCUAUCAUGCUUCAAGACGAUGGAGCUUCUCUUCCCGUCGCUACUACCGAAGAUAGCCUAGGGGGUCUCCUGGCCCUUGGCAUUGAUAAGGAUGAGGAAUUGAUACAUUAUUCUCAUCUAAUGACUCGCGUCACGAAAUUCUGGCUAUCGUCGCAGGGAGGCAUUGGGUGCUUUACGACCGGUUUUCGUGAAGUCCUCAUUGAGCUUGCAGCCGUGACGGGCACGGAGAUCACAUUGAUUGAUGAGGCUAAAGGUAUCCAGAUAUCUGGGAAUAACGCUGGAGAUGUUGACGACGCUUUGGCGAAACUCACUCAGAUUGAGAAACCUUUGUCUUGCCUUGUCAACCCCAGGAUGGGUAACAUGGGUAUAGCCACAGAAGACAAGACGGCCCAAUAUAGAAUCCAGAAUUAUGGCAGUCUGAACCAAGUAGCUCUUCGCCGCGUUCUAACCGAUCCCGCAACGAGUUCGAACCUCGGUAUCGGCCAGAUGUUCGUCACUACCUCUCUUUCAUUCGAUGGAAAAUAUCAGAGUUACAUGCUGCCUAAGAACGUUGCCAAUCCACAGUCAAUUAACAAAGAACCGGGAAAGUCUAUAAUAUGGCAAAACUAUACUUUCCCCGAGGUUGGCAAAGGGGAUGAGUUUGUUCUAUUGGAAUCUGUUGAAGAUACAGUUAACCCGGCUGCAACCUCGGUGGUCUCACCCGCCCAUCCUUUUCUGACUGCCGAAAAGGCCAAACAAGUCAAUGAAUGGGUCGCUGAGGGUAAGGGAAUGAAGGCAACCAGCGAACAGCCUGAGCACCCGCCUACACCACCACCACCUGAGUCUUCAAGCAAUACAACAUUGGUCCCAGGUGCUAAGAGAGCUCCCGCUAUCAAAACAAGACGGCCUAUUCCAUCGGCUAUUCCAUCAAGCCAGCCAGUUCCAUCCGUGGUGCCAGUGACGAAAUCUGAACGUGUCAGCACCCCUGAUCUUGUACUCAAGAAUGAAGAUGUUCCCAUGCCCCGCAGAAAAUGGAAAAUGAUAUAUAGUGCGGAAUCGGUGAAUACAGACGUACGUGUCAGCUGCCCUAGACCCACUAGCCCUUGUGAGCUGCGAGAUGCCGCUGAUUCCUUCCUUUAUGGUCCGACACCUACUGCACCGAAACCAUGCAUUCCCCUGAUCUUUGACGAAACGAAGCAUGGGCUCAAUAAGGACCCACGUCUUCCAGUCAAUGAAAGUAGUGAUCGAAAUGCUCCCCAAGCUCAAAGGAAAGGCGAAUAUGUAUUCUCUCGGACGAACAAAAAGCUCGACACCAACAAUUUGCUUGUUGAUGUGACCGCACCGGCAGCUAUAAGGACGAAUUCUCUUCCGAUGAUGCGCGCGGAUCAGCCAGCUUUGAUACCACUGAUCCCAAACCUAGAUUCGGAGCACUCGGUUCUGAAAAGCAAUGCCCCCUCACGGGUAAGCAACAUCGCCGACGACUUGAAUGGCUUAGUGAUCGAAGCAGAUUGUGGAUCUCAAGACGAACCUGGUUGCCCUGCAUUACCCGAGGGAGCAAAACCGGGCAGAAAUGGCAAUCUUUCAGAGCAGGUCAAAAGGCUCGUCAUGCUGGAAGAGGUUUUCCUAGAGCAGAUGAGGGAGUCAACUACAAUUAGUGAAGACCCCACACGCGUUGCCAAUUCCCCUAGUCCCCCUAGUCGAAUCAAUGCGAUCCUGGUCAGAAGGCGACUUGAAGAGCUCGAGCGACGACAUAAAGCGGAAGGAAAACAACAAAGCGAUGAGGUGGCUACUAGGGAGUUUCAUCAUACCAUGAAUCACAAAGCGCCCAAGCCAAGUCACAAUAUCUCGAGCAAAUCUUUGAGAAAAGCGAAGAGGCAAGCCACUCUGGAGGAUGCCUGGGGAGUACCAAAAAAGUCGACAAAGAAACUGGUUUCAGACAACCCGGCUCCUUCUGAAAUUAUGGAGGCCAAAGGCACGUUUGCCCGACACACGGCGCAAGAAUAUGUGCAACAUGCCCAGAAACAACAAGGAGAGCUGAGUAUGAAUGAAAGUAUCAAACAGCUCUUUGAGAUCCUAACACCCACAUUGGAAGCUGCCGAAUAUUUCCCUGGAACUUUGACUUUGGAGGCUCAGAUUGGUCUCGCAUUGAUUCCAGUUCUGCCGAAAACCUACAAGGAGGGUCUGAUUUCGUUGAGAGAGUGGACAGAGGUAAUGCAACCACGGACUGGCGUAUCUGCACCAACUACCAAGUUCAUGGAUAGGCUCACAACAUCGGGAUCUGAUGUUGACCAUAUUGUGGACCUGAAAACAUCACAAGAUGGGAAGCGCCGAUUCUUCGAACACGAAGGCAACGAGUAUAGUGUUUUCUAUGAGUUCCAUUGUCGCUCUAAAACAGAUCAACCUAUCAUCGUCGAAGUCGAUGAACGCGGAAAGUAUUCCGUCAAGAAGCAAACCGAAGCGCUAGGUGCAGUCAAUAUUCACUUUCCUAGUAGUAUCUGGGAUGCUCGCAUGAUUGUCCAUGGCAAUAUCGCAUAUCCUAUCCAUGGAUAUCAGGAAUUUGAAGACGCAGCCCGAUAUAUGGUGGACCAUCUCUGGGUUCCGCCCGAUAAACAACUCGUCCGUCUUUUCACUAAACUCCCCAAAGACAAACAUCUGACUGUCGAAAAAAUUCUUAUGAAGCGCUGGACCCGCUAUCGGUAUAUUCAUUCGAACGAUUUCUCCCUUGAAGGCACCGACGCCCCCAAACCUUCAUCAUCGACCGAGGGAAAAGCAGACUCUGCUACUGGUUCUGUGGGAUCCAAGAGUGCUGCAAAGGACACGAAUUGUGAAGGCAGUAGUGAAAACCCCGAAGCACAAGAUCUUCUAUUGCAAGUCACAGAAGUGCAGGAUCUAUUAAUAGCGUCUAACCCCGCGGACACUCAAGCAAUAAGAGCCCGUAGCGCCCCACUGUCGGAGAUGAUACGCAGGGGAAGGCAGUGGUAUGAAGUUUCGCUUGUUAGCUCUGCCAUUGAUGCUAUAUUGAAGACUAAUGCGAAUAUCGAAGUCGGAGAGCGCACGGACGACUGGCGUAGCCUUGACCUAUUUGGAAACGACGCUAUUUUACUGUACAACAGCAUAUCUGGCUGUCCAGAUCCAGCAUUGCCACCCAGGCCGGUCGCUGCCGCCGUAGGGACCGCAGGUAUUGGUGAUCUCCUCCGCCUAACGAAAGUGGUAGUUCAGAAUAUGGAUGGCGUUGGAUUUUGGAACUGUGGACCUUGUGUUGAUGCUGCCCGGAUGCCAGUGGCCAGUUCUCUGAACACCCCAAGUAUUCCCAACAAUAUUAUCACAUCGCCUAUAGGCGCAAUGAUAAAGACGGAAAAGAAGAGCUUGGAUUUCGACGAACUGGAGAGUAUCAAAGAAGUGGGAAGUAGCAUUGGUGACGUCCUAGUGGCUAGCAAACCGAAUGUUGCUUCCUCUGACCAGAAGGAACAGAUUGAGAUGGAGUACUGGUGAUGGGCCCAUAUUGUACUCUUUAGUCGUGUCACAUAUGCUCUGGUCAUUCUUUGGACUGAUCUUAUGGGGGAUGCUUUCAAUACUCGGUGGGUAUCAUGAUACACGUAUGUUGGAGGCAUGAUAGCCUGCAGUGUAUUCCCGCAAUGUUUUUUUUUUUUUUUUUUUUUCAUUUUAAUCAGUAGUCCUGAUAACUAUUUGAUUUCUGUUAGGUCAAUUUCGUUUCAAGUCUUUCCAUAUCCCAGAUCUAGUAAACUUUCAUACUGUUAAUAUAGACAUAAGUUCCGAAGAUAAUAGUAAGGAGUACCUUGUCCAGGUUGGAAAAGCUUUUCAGAUCCCAAGAUCAUUUUAACGUCAAGUGUUCAACUCAUGGAUGAAGGUGGUAGUGGCGGUGGUGUUUGGCCAAGCACCACAAAGGCUUGCAGAAGAAGAAACCCUGGUUGAAGGGGACUAACUAGGUAACCCCUGCGGGCCCCAAAUCUGACAGCGAUUGCUAAUCGCACCCGACG